UUUCAGAUCCCGACAAAAGAUGCGAUGGAGCGCGGCAUCGGCGGUGAGGUGACGUCACACCGACACCGACCAUGCACCGGCUAGCGUGAGGAGCGAGCGAGACAGCCAGCCAGUUCGUAUGGAGAUGAACGGGACGGAGACACGGGCCGAGGAAGCGGUGACGCUGGUUCUGAGCGUCGCCGUCACCGUCAUCUCCGCUAUCGGACUGCUGCUCAACGCGUAUAUACUGUUCGUCAUUGUCAUUACUAAACAGCCAGCGUCAGCAUCAUCAGUUCUCCUGGUCCACCUGGGCGCAGUCGGCGCGCUCGCGAGCGGUGCUGCCCUCUGCGGCGGCGGCAGCGGCGCGUGCGCGUGCGGCGCGCUACUGCACGCGCUACACCCGCUGCAGCUGUGGACCGUAUGCGGGUUGCAUGCUGACCGUGCCGCUGCCAUCGCUGCGCCGCUGCAUUAUGCUGCUAUUGUCUCUGCCAAGAAGGUGAUGAUCUGUGUGGUGAGCGGUUGGGUGGCGACAGCAGCGCUGCUCGCGCCCCUGGCCGCUGCACAGCCACCUCUGGCCUACAGCGUAGGCAUCGGCAGUUGCGCCCCAGACUGCGGCGCCGGCCCGGCCGCCCUCGGGUUCUGUCUUCUCUACGCAGUACUCACUCUACUCCUCCCCGUCACCCUCGUUCUCCUCUGCAGCCUCAAAAUCCUCCGCAUCGCUCGAUACCACCGACACCGGAUCGCAGCUGCCAUAUACGAGGUUACCCUAUCAGCUCAAGUGACUGUAACACAUCAGCGUAACCCAUUCUCUCCGCCCCCACCACCGAGACGGCGCGCUCUGUCCGCUGUACUCCAACCCCUCGGCUCUCUGGCAAUACUGUACUUUCCUUACUACUGCGUAUUAAUAUGGCCCGCAAUCGCCGUCCCACCGCAACCAAUAGCUGCCAUCUCAGCGGCGUUGCUAGCAGCUGCUCCGCCAGUAAACGGUAUUUUGUAUGGAAUCCGAAGUCGUGCGUUGAAAGAUUCGCUUCGCAACUACCGGAGGAAACGCAUGACUAAGAGUGAGGUCACCCAGGAGAUUCAGGCGCGAACUCCGAGCGCUUGCGGUUCUCGGCGGCCGUCGCUAUCGGCAGGCUCUGGUUGCAUUCGUCCACCAACGACAAGAAGACUAUCAGACGCAGCAGCCAUGGGCUCCCGUGGAUCAGAACGGCCAGCGCAAAGAGCCGCGUCGUGUAAUAUGCUGCAAGAUUCCCACGAAGAAGAACCUCAUAGGCCUCGGACGUCAGCUAUACCGUUGAUUCGCGCUCCACCACAUGUGGUAUUAGGUAGGGCUCUGGGGCUUGAGGAAACUGGUGUCAGGGGACGAAGACGACAGUCACCUAGGAUUACGGUCACUAGGGCCAUGUCUGAUGAAAGCGAGUCACCGACUCGGCGGCCGCUCUGCCGUCAGCACUCGCGCUCCAGUGGCGCUCUCCUCGGAGGGCUGACGUAUUCCCCCGCUUUAUCAGAGAACGUCCACCUCGACCACCCCGACGAACCGCUCCUCCUCUCGUGGCCGCAGCAUCAGAUCAAGAGUGAAGUUUUAUAAAACGGGUAUCUUUAGUGUAGUUCGCUGAUAGAUGUGCAUAAAGACAAUAAGUGUGUGUGCGGUUCGAAGUCGAGUCAGCCUCGGUGUUAAGAGAAUAUUAUUUUUUGUCGCUUUGUACCAACCCGUCUACUCGAACUUCCUGACCAAGCCGUGACCAAAUAUAAAAUGUUUCCUACUCUAUUUACUACUGUACCUCUUAGUCGUAAUAAUUUCUCCUACAGGGUUCCUCCAUAUCGUUAGCUUUACCUACUGAAGAAGUAUUACUUUAGUUAGUGUAUUUCUGUAAAGAUAACUUCUGAAAUAUUCCAUAGGUAUUUAGGUAUGUUGAGAUUAUUGACCUUUAUUUAUUUUACUUAAACAAUAGUCACAAAAUCAAAGAAAGUUUUAGCAUAUUAUAGUUUAUUUAAAUUAUGUGCAAUAUAAAUAAGUCAGUCUAAUAGGUGUUCAACGCAGGAUUUGCACAUUAGUCUGCAGGAUAUUCUUUGUACAGAAUAGAAUACAGGGCGUCAAAACAAAUGUUUAUGCUCACACAAUUUGCAACGCCCUGUAUACAAAACUUUAGGAAAGUAAUAUAACUUAUUGCAACGCUUUUAGACAUCGCCGCCGUCCAACUUUCGGAAGUCUUUAGAGUUUGAAGAAAACAACACUAGGAUUUGCCACACUGUAUGCGUUCUGCGGUCUGCGGUCAGGUCAAAGAGAACGCAGAUCAUGUUUAAACAACUUUGUCAUAGAUUUUGUUGAUGUGAUCUCACAGUGCGGGCACGAUCAAAGAACAACUGACAGGUGCGGGCUGCAUUCAUUUGACCUGACCGCAGACCGCAUUCAGUGUGACAAAUCCUUCUGUGUAAAUAGCUAUUGCGGUGCUAUUUGGAUACCAUUCGAAAAUAAGGAUGAAUGGGCUUGUAAAAAAAACAAAAGGAUCUCUUCAAAUGCUAGAUUUCAAGAUGGCUUCCUAGUUCAAAAUACACAAACGAUAUGAUAUUUUUCUGAUUAUUUCUUGUCUGUAUAAAACUGUACUCGUAGCUAUUUAUAAAAUGGUGUAUUUUAAAUUGGAUGGUGACAUUUAAAAUUAUUUUGCAUCGUUAUAAAGAUAGUGAAAUAAAUAUAAAGUAGCAGUUAAUAGAGUAAACUUGUUUUAUGAAAUAUUUAAUGUCGUUAA